AAACUAUCAGUGUUGGACUACAUAACCCCCCCUACUACUAAACCAGGUAACGUGGACCCUAAACUUUGCAAUCCCGUUUACUUCACCCCCUAUAGUGGUUUUGUCUGGUGGUUUUGACACGCUGGAACGAUGAGGUGGACUAGGCUGCUGAGAUGGCGCCUCUGACUUGCGGGACCGGUAUGUAAGUGAGGGAUAGGCCAUGGUGGCUCUGUUAAAAGGCACUGGAACUCCCUCGGCCCCUCCGUCUUCCAUCUUCCGCCCGCUCCGUCGCUGGCUCCAACCCUUCCCCCGGCGAGGCGAUGAUCUGGACGAGAUUCGGUUGAUCGUCGUGUUGCAGGAGUCGAGCAUGGAUCCAAUCGAGUCUCUGAUGGUGAGAUUUCACUAUGGAGGGGAAUUUCUGACAGUGGGAGGACACCUACAAUAUUUUGGUGGGAGUACUGGAAUGUCUGCCAUUGAUGUGGAUAAGUUGUCUUUGCCCGAGAUCGAAGGUCAUCUUGCUGAUCAUAUGGCAACGGAUGGUAGAGUGCAGUUGCACUGGUUGUAUCCAGGAAUGGGAUUGGGUGAGGGUUUGAGAUUGCUACAUGAUGACAAUGCAUGUUGUGAGAUUCCUAAGCACAUUGGUGAUGGUGGAGUAGUAGAUAUCUAUGUUGAGGUUCCUGCAGUUCAGUAUGCAAAGGACAGUGACUGGGAAUUGGAGUUUUCUGAAGCUGAUGAUGAACAAGAGGAAAUAUAUGUUGAUGUUCCUUCAUCUAUGCCUACUAAUGUUGAGACAACCCCAGAGAAGCAGAGAGAUAAAGACUUGUUUUCAUUCAGACAAUUCUACAAGUCUCCAUCCAAGUGUCCUGCAGAGAAAGGAAAGGAACAUGCAAGCAAACUAGAAGGUGAUAGUAGUGAGAGUUCAGAUGUUGACUGGGUGCCUAAAGAUCUGGACAGCUCUGGAGAUGAUGAUGAAACACAACAACUGAGACAGUUUGCUAAGCAAAUCAAGAAGGACAUCAAAUGCAAGAAGACAGGAGGUGGAUUAGAGGCUGAAGUAGACAAUUUAGAAGAUGAUGGCAGUCCAUAUUUCAACUCAAGUGAUGAGUACUCAUAUGAGGAGGGUAGUGAUGGAGAAACUAUCAGGUGGAGGAGCACUGAAAAUAGGUAUGACAGUAAAGCUCAUGUGCCUAUGUUUGCUCUUGGAAUGGCUUUCAGGUCUAGUAGACAGUUCAAGAAAGCACUUGUUAGGUAUGGGUUGACAACACAUAGGCAUCUUUUGUUUCCAAAGGAUGAAAAGAAUAAGGUUAGAGCUAUCUGUUCUUGGAAAGGAUGCAAAUGGUUGAUUUAUGGAUCUAAAACUAGUAGGUCAGAAUGGUUCAAAGUAGUCACAUUUGUGGAUGAACAUUGCUGUCCACCUAGGAGGGAUAACAAGCUGGUGACAUCAAGAAGGAUUGCAGACAAGUACAAAGAUCAGAUAAGAGACAACCCCACGUGGAAGGUGGACUUGAUUAGGCAAGCAGUUCUAAAUGACUUUCUCUGUGAUGUAUCUCUGUCCAAGUGCAAGAGAGCAAAGGCUUUGGUGCUGCAGGAAGCUUUGGACUCUACCAAAGGAGAAUACUCAAGGGUUUAUGAUUAUCAAAUGGAGUUACUAAGAAGCAACCCUAGUAGCACUGUGGUAGUGAUGUUGAAAGUCAGAGGCGCCAUCUCAGAGGCGCCAUCUCAGCAGCCUAGUCCACUUACAUACCGGUCCCGCAAGUCAGAGGCGCCAUCUCAGCAGCCUAGUCCACCUCAUCGUUCCAGCGUGUCAAAACCACCGGACAAAACCACUAUAGGGGGUGAAGUAAACGGGAUUGCAAAGUUUAGGGUCCACGUUACCUGGUUUAGUAGUAGGGGGGGUUAUGUAGUCCAAUGCUGAUAGUUUGGGGGGGUAUUUAGACU